CUGAUGAAGUAGAAGGGGGAAAAAAGGGACAGGAAAUGUUGGGUAAAAUCCAGAAAGAGUGAGUGGGGGGCGGGGGGUAGAUCCAAGAAGUAUAACUGUGUUGAGUAAGCACAAUAAGGUUCUGAACAAGAAAUUUUUUUUUUCCUACGUGGUCGCGCCCCCCCUCUCCCUCACCUCAGGGCACAGCGCUCUCUCUCUCUUUCUUUCCCUCUCUCUUCUUCCAAUCUUAUUUAACUCAGCAAAAAAGAGAUGGCGACCAUCAAGAAAUUGAUUGAUAGGAAAACGGCCGCCACCGAGAACGAUAUACAUACGGACGAAGAUGUUGAAAGCAUAGCAACCCACCCCACACUCCAAGAUCCACCCGAUGGGGGUCGAGGCUGGCUUGUCGUUGUCGGAUGUUUCUUUGGUCUAUUCAGCACUCAAGGUGUUUGGUACUCUUGGGGCACCUUUUUAGCAUACUACAAUGAACACAUGUUUCCACAACACAUGACAGAACUGUCGUGGAUCGGCUCACUGUGGCUAGCAAUGAGCGUCAUUCUUGGUCCCUUUUUCAACUAUUUGGCAUGGCGGAUCGGUUACUUUUGGCUACUUGUCGCUGGCGCAUUGUGUUCGUGCCUGGGAUUCAUGAUGGCCAGUUUGGCUUCCGAGAUUUGGCACUUGUACUUGACACAAGGGUUCUUGUUGGGACUGGGCGCUUCGUUGGUUUGGUUUCCUUGUAUUUCAGCACCUCAGUCUUGGUUUAUGGAGCGCAGAGGAUUGGCCGUCGGUCUUGCCAUGGCUGGGUCCGGGUGUGGUGGGUUGGUGUUUAACAAUGUUGCUCAGGCGUUGAUGAAGACCGUCGGUAUUCACUGGGCGAUGCGGAUUCUUGGGUUUAUCGUUUUGGUCCUCUUGGCCUUUUCAACCCAAGUCGUUCGUCCCCUCAAUCCUCCUCGCAAACCUGGGUUCCCUGUCACUUUGGUGCCUUUCAAGAAUGUCCAGUUUUGUAUUCUUUUCGUCAUCCAAGUGAUCACUAACUUUGCCUUCAACAUUCCAUCCACAUUUUUACCUUCAUACGCACAACAUGUUGGAUCAGGCGACUGGACGGCAACCAACAUGAGCGCCAUCAUGUCCGGUAUCAUGGUGGUUGGCAAAGUCGGCAGUGGAUGGGCAAGUGACCGUAUAGGCCGAGCCAACAUGAACACCAUUGUCAUCAUGAUGGCCGGUCUUUUGUGCCUCGUGCUAUGGCUUCCUGCCAAGAACGAGGCCACGGUGUGGGCAUUUGCUGCGUUGUUCGGCGUCUUUGGUGGUGGUUACAUGGCCAUGAUCCCUUCUCUGCUCGUCCAGGUCGUCGGCGCAGACCAACUCGAGGCCGCAAAUGGUUUGGUCUUUUUCGGUUGGUUGUUUGGUGGUAUCUUUGGCUCUCCUAUCUCUUCUACCUUGAUUGAUGAAAACGGGCCUGAUGGCCCCCAGUAUUGGCGUGCCAUUGUUUUUGGUGGUGUCAUGAUGUUUGGUGCGGGCGUGCUCGCUCUCGUUGUCAAGAUCAUGCGCGGUGGAUUCAACCCUUUCCGGAAAGUUUAAUUUUUGCCUCCCUCACCCUCUUUAAUAAUAUUAUUCUGUCGGUUAACAACCCCUCUAAUACGACAUCAUGUAUAUAUAUUAUACCUUACUUCUUCAUAAAAGUAAUUUAUCAUCUAGUGAUACACUUUUGGAAUAAUGUCAGUUAGCGACUACAUACAGUAGUAGAAACCGAACGGUUUGGUCGACUGUCCAAUAUUUGCCAUGGAUAAAAUCGCAAGAUGGAAUUGCCUGCAGGCGGUAUAUAAGACAUCUUUU